UUUCUAAAUCUCUCGAGUCACGCGAUUUUUAUUACCUACAUGUUAAAAAAUAAUUUUAGUAAAUAAGGUUUGGAUAGUUUUUAUAUUGUGCAAAACAUAACACAAUAUAUAGGAUGACAACGAAAAGAAAAGGUCCAAUAAUAGAUCCAGGAAUAUGUCGAUGUUGUGGAGCGUUAAAAAAAUGCCGAUUAUUAAAUUAUGAGUAUGAAAACUCUACUCUUAAGGAAAUAUAUUCGGACAUGUUAAUGGAGUGCUUUGGUCUAUUGUUGUCUCAUUUGGAUGGCAAGCCCACUGAAAGAUUGGUGUGUGCAACUUGUGUACAGCGCCUUAGAGAAGCUUGCAGCUUCCGACAGCAAGUCAUAAAGUGUGAGGAAACAUUUCUAAAAGCAAAAGUAUAUACUAGAGAAGAAAAAGGUCUUACAGUUGUAGGAAAUAAAAUUGAAGCACGACAACGGAUUGAAAUAGAAGAGGUUCCAAUAGAGAUGCCUACAAUACAAACUACUAUAAAGAUUGAGAAGCAAUCGGAGGAUAUGAUCGUCGAUGAAGGUUCUCCUGUCCCACCCUCCCCGUUGUCAGAUGAUGACUCACAAUCUGAUGACAAUGGAGACAUUAAAAACGAUAUUAUUAAGAGGAGACCCAGCAGCUCAAAUUCUGAUAAUAUGCCCUUAAAGUCUUUCGUUUUUUCUCGGAAACCCCAGAAAACGGAGAGCUCAAAGAAGAUAAAUGAUCGAAGCAUGCAAAUAAUACAGUCGAAGAUUCGCGAGCAAGACGCGUCGCAUAAAACGGAGUGGAACAUUCAGACUCUGGUCGAGAACUCCUACGUUUGCCCCUUCAAGUGCCGCCACAACUACCUCUUAUGCUACUACUGUGGGCAGCACUUUACGGACAUCGAGGCGCUGAGAGAACACACGGAACGAAUCCACGACCCGAAGAAAUUUAAACUCAUCGACUACAAGAACAUGCUUAAAGUCGAGCUGACGAGAAUCGAUUGUAGGCUCUGCGAGCAGAAAAUCGAUACAUUGGAGCAGUUCAAGCGUCACAUCAGCGACGUCCACGCCAAGAACUACUACUUUAACCACCGAGACUCUGUGCUGCCGUUCAAAUUCACCAAGGCGGUGGUGAAGUGCGCCCUGUGCGACGCCGUGUUUCCCUACUUCCAUGCUCUGAACAAGCACAUGAACCAGCACUUCAGCAACUAUGUGUGCGAGCAGUGCGGGAUGGGCUUCGUGGACCGCGGCCGCUUCGUGAUGCACCAGCAGAAACACGAGACCACCGAGUACCCUUGUCCCACCUGCGGGAAGGUCUUCAAGGCGGUGUACAAUAGAGAUCUACACGUCGAUAGGGUACAUAAUAAGAAAGGGAGAGUGUAUUGCCCCAAGUGCGACGUGAUGCUGAUGUCGUACCCGCAGAAGCUCAAGCACCUGGUGGAGGUGCACGGAGAGGCGCCGCUGAGCUUCCCGUGCGGCGUCUGCGACAUGACCUUCGACACGCGCCGCAACGUCACCCUGCAUAAACGGAAGGUGCAUUUGAAGGAUUACAGGUAUGAAUGUCAAACGUGCGGGCAGCGCUUCUUCACGCGGUUCGCGCUCACCAACCACAUGCCGACUCACACCGGCGAGAGGAACUUCAGCUGCAAGAUCUGCGGCAAGUCCUACCCUCGAUUGAAGACGCUGAAGUACCACAUCCGGAUACACACCAACGACAGGCGGUACCGCUGCCACGUGUGCGGGCAGGCCUUCAUACAGAACUGCAGCCUGAAGGGGCACAUGAAGAGCCAGCACCCUGAGUAUAGUUAGCUUUUUGGUAUAGUCACUGAUUAACUUACGGUCAUUUCGGAGCGCAACGCGACGCGUAGAUGCAUUUCUAAAGUACUGAAUUGACA